UUCUGAUCUUUCCCACCAUCUUCUUCAUUCUCUCUCUCUCGUUCUUCUCUUUCACAGUCUUCAUCAGAUUCAGAUAUUCACAACCUUCUCUCAAUUUAAUCCACAAAUUCCUCGGUUAUUAUUAAGUGCCUUUAAUCAUCACCAGUACUCACACAUGGCGGAUCCUCAGCCCAAUCAUCGUCCUCAGCAGGAUUCUCCUUCUUCGGCGUCCAUUUCUGUCGAGCAAGGUCCGGCUAGAACCACCGCCUCCACGCUCCCAAACUUCCUCCUCUCUGUCCGCCUCAAGUACGUCAAGCUCGGCUACCACAUCCUCAUCUCCAACGCCAUGUACCUCAUCCUCGUCCCAGUCCUCGCCGCCGCCUCCGCUCACCUCUCUACCAUCUCCUUCCAUGACCUCCUCCAGCUCUGGGAGAAUCUUAAGUACAAUCUCGUCUCCGUUACGCUUUGCUCCAGCCUCAUCGUCUUCCUCGUCACUCUCUACUUUAUGAGCCGCCCGCGGGCCGUGUACCUCGUCGAUUUCAGCUGUUACAAGCCGGAGCCGGAGAGGAUUUGCACCAGGGAGAUCUUCAUGGAGAGAUCUGGCCUCACCGGGUCGUUUACGGAGGAGAAUUUGGGAUUUCAGAAGAAAAUUCUGGAGAGGUCCGGGUUAGGGCAGAAGACGUAUUUGCCACCGGCGGUUAUGAGUGUUCCGCCGAAUCCGUGUAUGGCGGAGGCGAGGAAGGAGGCGGAGGAGGUCAUGUUUGGGGCUAUUGAUGGGCUUCUGAAGAAGACGGGAGUGAAGGCGAAGGAUAUUGGGAUUUUGGUGGUGAAUUGUAGCUUGUUUAACCCUACACCUUCGUUGUCCGCCAUGAUUGUGAACCAUUACAAGCUCAGAAGCAAUGUUCUGAGCUUCAAUCUCGGUGGUAUGGGUUGCAGUGCCGGCCUCAUCUCCAUCGACCUCGCCAAACAGCUCUUGCAGGUUCAUCCCAACUCGUACGCCCUUGUUGUGAGCAUGGAGAACAUCACUCUCAACUGGUACUUCGGCAACAACCGUUCCAUGCUCGUCUCUAACUGUCUCUUCCGUAUGGGCGGCGCCGCCAUCCUCCUCUCCAACCGUUCCUCCGACCGCCUCCGUGCCAAAUACCAGCUCGUCCACACCGUCCGUACACACAAGGGUUCCGACGACAAGUCCUACGGCUGCGUCUUCCAAGAAGAAGACGACACCAAACGCAUCGGCGUCGCCCUCUCCAAAGACCUCAUGGCCGUCGCCGGCGAAGCCCUCAAGACUAACAUAACCACUCUCGGCCCUCUCGUCCUCCCCAUGUCCGAACAACUCCUCUUCUUCGCCACACUCGUCGCCAGAAAAGUAUUCAAGAUGAACAAAAUCAAACCCUACAUUCCUGACUUCAAGCUCGCUUUCGAGCACUUCUGCAUUCACGCCGGAGGUAGGGCUGUUCUUGACGAGUUGGAGAAGAAUCUAGAACUUUCCGACUGGCACAUGGAACCUUCUAGAAUGACUCUUUACAGGUUCGGGAACACAUCUAGCAGCUCUCUGUGGUAUGAACUUGCUUACACAGAAGCUAAAGGAAGGAUCAAGAAAGGUGAUCGGACAUGGCAGAUUGCAUUUGGGUCAGGAUUCAAGUGUAACAGUGCAGUGUGGCGUGCACUGAGGACAGUUGAUCCUAAGAAAGAGAAGAACCCAUGGAUGGAUGAGAUUCAUGAGUUUCCCGUUGAAGUGCCCAAAGUGGCAGCCAUUAAAAAUGGCUCAUGAGUUGAUUACAGUAACAAUAAAUUUCAACUGAUAACGAUGAUGAUGAUGAGGAGGAUCCUAGGUAGUAAGUGAUGAUAACCGAAGAUUUUAGUUGUGUAUUGGAUGGUUUAUUUUGAAGUUCGAUUUCUUCAGGGGUUCUGUGUGUGCGUGCGUACACCAUUAAUUGUUGUUCCAAGUGAAAACAUGAUUCUUCAUAAGAGAAUUAAAGAUUUGAUUUCAAUUGA